AUGGUGAGGUCUGGAGUUACAAGAUUUGCUACCUCAUUCUUGACACUACAAAGUUUGUACAAGAACAAGGAUGCCUUGAAGCAAUUAUUUGUAUCUGAUGAUUGGAAUAGUUCUAAGUUGUCCAAGACAGAGGCAGAAUCAUGUAAAAUACAAGAUGCAUUCAUGUCAGUUAUUGAAAGAAUGGUGCCCGACUUAACUGUGCAAGACAAGAUCAUACGUGAGUCUCAAUUGUACAGAAAAUGUGAAGGUAGCUUUUCAAGGAGUUUGGCUUUUAAACAACGGAUAGUCGGUGAAGGAGCAUUGGAUCCUAUCUCUUGGUGGCAAACACAUGGAUCUUCGGCCCCUACGCUUCAACAAUAUGCAAUACGCAUAUUAGGCCUUUGUUGCUCCGCUUCCGGUUGUGAGCGCAAUUGGAGCACAUUUGAUUUUAUUCACACCAAGAAGAGGAAUAGACUAGAACAUCAGCGCUUGAAUGAUCUAGUCUAUAUCCAAUACAAUCGUCGGCUUCAUUCAAGGUUCCAAGAAAGAAGGGAAAAAGGCAACAAUUGUGAUCCAUUAAUUCUUGAUGAAAUGAAUUGGAUUAGUGAAUGGAUAACAGGGGAUCAAGAAGAUGGAGAUUUAGUCCAUCCUAGAGACGACCUCACAUGGGGAGAUGUUGAUAGAGCAGUUGGUGCAUCUACAUCGGUGGGGGUUCGCAAUUUACCUAGGAGGGCUCAAGGAUCAAUAAGUGCAGCCAAUAUUUGCUACACACGUCGUGGUAGGGGAAGGGCCACUAUUGAGGAAUCAUCAGAUGAUGAAGUUGAAGAAGAGGUCCACGAUGUGGUGCGUGAUGAUGAAGAUAUUGAAGAAGACUUUGGUGAUGGGCCAACUGAUUCUAUGAAUCAACAACAACAGGAGGCAGAAGAAUUAGAUGUUGAUUUGUUAGCUUGA